GUUGGAGUCCUGUGAAAGUCAUGGGACAGGCACGAUGCCUAGUGUUUCUGUACACAAGCUGCUAUUGAGGAAAUCAUUGCUGGUAGUGGGCGCUGCUCGAUUCUCCUGAUUUGUGGAGCACGCCGUGUUAAAUGUGAGCAGCAGCGAGUGGGCGGAGCUUCAGCGGCGGAGAGCGAUACGGCUCCAUCACCACAGAAAGGCUGCACUGUGCUGCUGCUACAGGAAUCAUCAUGUCUUACCGCUCCCAGCCACGAGACUUCAGCAACCUCAUUCAAACAUGCAGCUCCAACAUCCAGAAAAUCACCCAGAACACUGGCCAAAUCAAAACCAUGCUGUUCCAGCUUGGCAGCAGACCAGACACACCUGAACUUCAGGACAGACUUCAGCAGAUGCAGCAUUAUACAAACCAGUUAGCCAAAGAGACCAACAAGCACUUGAAAGAACUGGGAUCUCUACCUCCACCUCAGUCUCCAUCGGAGCAGCGGCAGCAGAGGAUCCAGAAGGACCGGCUGAUGAAUGACUUCUCAGCAGCACUCAACAACUUCCAGGUGGUCCAGCGUCGAGCAGCUGAGAGGGAGAGAGAGUCAGUGGCCAGGGCCAGGGCAGGCACCCGCCUUCUGGUUGAUGAUGGCAAUCAGGAUGAACAGCUUGUGACAUUUGAUAAAAAUGAAGACUCAAGGCAGAGUCAAAGUCUGGCAGAAGAGGAGCCCAUCACAGAAGAUGACCUGGAACUGAUCAAGGAGAGAGAAACCAACAUCAGGCAGCUGGAGUCCGAUAUCAUGGAUGUGAACCAGAUCUUUAAGGAUUUGGCUGUUAUGAUUCAUGACCAGGGUGAUAUGAUAGAUAGCAUAGAGGCAAAUGUGGAGAGUGCUGAGGUGCAUGUGGAGCGUGGAGCUGAACAACUCCAGCGUGCUGCAUACUACCAGAGAAAAUCACGCAAGAGGAUGUGUAUUCUGGCUCUGGUGCUUUCCUUGGUGGUGACCAUUUUUGCCAUAAUUAUUUGGCAAGCUAUCAAAUAAGGUGAUAGCACACAUUAGAUUUGGUGCACUUUAUGAUAUUCGGUGGUGAGUGGAUAGAGAAUGGCUGACUGGUGAGCAUCUGUGUGCGUGCGUGCAUGUAAUGUGUGUGCUAAAUCUACUGUUUAGGAAAGACUGAAAUUUUCCUCUUAUUACCUAGAACAUGUCUAGUUUAAGGAUCAAUGUAUAACAGAAAAGGAACUAAAUCUUCAAAGCAUCUUGCAUGUCCACCAAUCCUUUUUACAGGUUAACAUGAUGAUAAUGCAAGUGUUGUCCAGUUCCCAGAUAUUAGGCAACAUAACAGUAGGUGGUGAAAUGAUCUGUUUAUUUGUAUGAGUGGGUGAGUGUGUUUACGGUUCCAUCUGUAAAUUAAUGGACAGCGACAUGAUUUUUGUAGUUUCGGCUCUGUAUUCAACCUUACUUAAAUGACACGGUUGCUAUAAGGUUAAAGUUCAGAGUGUCAACAUUAAUUCAAGGGUAUCCAUAUGGAAACCACAGCUCAUCUUAGGAACUAUAAGUAAUAGUUGGCAUGUACCUUGUGUCUUGCCAGCAUGAUCAUGCAUUAGUAUUUGCACAAGAAAGCUAAUAAAAAGUCUAAAGUUGGUUUCAGAUUGACAUUUGCAUCUUGAUAAAUAAAUUAGAGGUGUAGCGAAAAUGUUAGGUGCAACUGUUUGGUACACCAACUUGUUCUUACUGUUAAAGACAGACCAAAGAACACUAGAGAAUGACAGAAGGAUAGGUCAAGAAAAACUGUUGGAAAGAUCAGGAGCACACUUCAUGAUGCACCCACGGAUGAGGGUUUACAACACGAAAUUUUGCUAAAAAGUAUGUAGUGGCACUGGCAUUCGUUGCUCAUGCCAGCCAGCUCAGUGGUCUGUACUGAAAUUUACAGAAGCAGCAUAACUGUUCAGAUGCACCCAAAUGCCUCAAAAUUCAGAGAAUGGUACUUCACCUUGCAGCCAGACAAUAACCCAUGCCACUAAAGCAACUGUGUCACCUAAGUGUUCAGAGGCAAUGAGUGGAAUGUUUUUGACUGGGCAGAUCUAGUGUCUAAUUUUCUAGUGUUUCUUAACCCUGCUCCUGGGGACCCAUUUUUCUGCAUAGGUUCAGUUUUUCUCAACACACCUGGUCCAGCUUGUCAACUGAUGAUCAACUCCUUCUUGAGCUGUAUCAGAGUUAUUGAGACAGGAAAUUGUUAAAACAGAUCAGCACUGACCGAACGCAUUUCACUUACUUAAAGCAUCCACAUCAAGCAGGAAUAAUUGCACUUUGAGACUGACAGAGCAUCACCAGGGAAGAUACCCAGCACCCAGCAGUGUCUAUGAGUUAAAUAGAGACACUGGUCAAAAGAAUUUAACCAUCGUUUUAUCUGUUGUCAACGUGCCUACUCACCUCCUACAGCAGUGCCGGUCUUUAUGCACUCUCAGAAAAAAGGUACUAAACUGUCACUGUGGUGGUACCCUCAAGGGUACAUCUUCAGUACUUUUAGGGAACAUUUGUUGUACCAUAAUCCAUUGUACUUAGAUUUUUAAGUUGUAUUGACUCGACACACCCUCUCUUGUCAGGCAUUUUUAUUGUUCUGUUUUAAAGCAUUAGGUAAUGAAAAGGUACAAAUAUGCAAUUUUCCCCGGGACAAAUCUUAUUUAAGGUGCACAGUUGGACCUUAAAACCACUGUUGUACCUUUGUGCAUUUUCAUUGUUAAUACCUUUGUACUUACAGUGCAGGGAGAUGUUUAAGUUUAAAGACUAAGUCCUGUUCUGAUGUACUUUGGAAACAAAAUCUUUUUUGGUGUGGAAUUUUUGGGGGUAGCGGCAGGCUGUUUGAAAAUAUUUCCCACUAGCUGGCUAAUGCAGAAGGCAGACAACUAACAUUUACUACUAGGAAGCCAAAUAUGUCUAUAUUUAUUAGCCUCUACAUCAGUGGCACAGUAGUGGAUUUCUUAAUUGCUCUAGGGGGAUUCACAGUGUUUGUGUAGUGUAUGCUGGGUAUCAUAGUGUAGUGUAUGCUGGGUAUUGCAGUGAGAAAACACUGAUGGAUGAAAACACAGAAAGGAUACCAAAUCACUGAAGAUUGCAGUGCUGCACAACAGAACAUGACAACAUAUUUAUUUUUAGGUAGUAAUGCCCCUUUACAACAGUCCUGGAAUGCAAAUUAUUCACAGCCUUUUAAAUGCAACAAUAUAAUUAAAAAAUAUUUUAUUAAUUAAUUAUGUUAAUUUGUCCAGUUAUGUAUGGUCUGUUGAGGUAGUGGGACUGAUUUUCUGUAUGAUUCACUCAGUAUAAAUGUACAUACCCUUAUUAAAUUAAAUUAAAUCCAAUAUUCUACACUUUUACUUUAGAGUAACCAUCAAAUCCAAAGUGUUGGAUCCAGUGUAACAGAGUACAGAGCCAAAACAUCAACAAAAAAAUUGUCAUUGCCCAGAUGUUAAUGUAAAUGUUAAUUGCACUAAUGAAGGUAUUGCACAUAUUGUACAUGUACUUGCUAAUACUUACUUUUUUCCCUGUAAUCACAAUAAUGCAUAUUUAUAAAAAGUGUAUUCAACUGUGGCACAAUGUUAGGUCUUUUUUAAGUGGUAUGGUGUCCUUAAAGAAAGUUCAGAAUCAUUCAACCAAAUGUUUGUCGCGUCGUUGGAAUUCUGCCAGUCAUCUAAUGUUAAUAUAUAGUGUUUUUCCCCUCUCUCCCUUGUUGCACAUGUUGAGGUUGACCAGUGUACUUUCAUUGUAGCAUUGUGAGAUUAUAUACAGCAACUCACAACUCCUUGAGACUCAGCAGGAGGAAAUUUGCUAUGAAAAUGAUAAACCUUUCAUUUUAAAGUGAUACUUGAAUUGUUAGAAUAUACCGUUGUUGUCUGUAUAUGCUAUAAAUGAGAGUUGUCUCCACUACACAAAGGUUUUUUUUUCAAGUGAUCUAUUUAUUAAUGUGGCUUUAGAAUUAUGUUAAUGCUUGCUUUGAUUUUGACUUUAUUCAUUUUAGUGAUGCUGUUGUGUAAACAGAAGCUCUAUAAUGUUUGACUUAAGUUUUCACUUAAUAUAAGAAUGUAUUUCCUAAAUGCCUCAAAUAAAUUAGAUAUGUCUGAAGUUUUAGAUAGUAGAUAUCUGUGGCAUGACCAUCAGUUCUAUAGGUUAGUCAAGAUUAAACAGCCUUCUUUGUGCAUAACCCAUUUGGCAAGAGGGGUCAGAGUUCUACUACUGUGCUCUGACUAAAUGGGGAAAUAAUAAUGAUAAUAAUACCAAAUUAAAUCUAGUAUGUUAAAUAAAAUUGGUAAGUGGUCUAUGAGCAAAGAAAUCCACUACCUUUUCACACUGACUGUCAUUUGUAGCAUACACAUCCUAAUGAUUGUUGUAAUUAAGAUAGAUGUUAUUAUGAAAUAGUCACUGUUUUUAUAUUGUCCACUGGGUGGCACUCGAUGUACAGAAAUAAAAAGAGAGGUUCUGUUCGGUGUUUAGUCCGGUAUUUACAUAAAAUGUAAAUAAGCGCAGAAAUCCUCAAGGUAUCAACCAUAGGCAUUGCUGACCUUAGUUAAAUUAAUUGUGGUUUUGUCUGGGACAUUGGGACUGAGCAGUCUAUUUAGCUCAUUUCUCCAUGGAAGAUCUUUCUUUCUUACAGGUGUCCUUGACUUUGUAUGGCAACAAUUCACACAAUUCCCAUAUGACUCUAUUUUAAUUUUAUCUCUUUGGUCAUAGAAGCUUAACUAUGUCAAGAAAGGCUUCAGUUAAAACAUCUAAUUCUGUUUGUGCUUUUUUCAUAAUGUAUUUCUUUGUAGGCGCUACUGUAGUUGUAUUGUCUUGUUAUAAAUGCACUCUAAAUGUUAACAAGGGUGGUCAUAAAUUUUUCACUAGAAACUCCCAAAAUGUCCUGGAAAGGCAGAGCAAGAACUGCCACAGACAUCUCUCCUGAGUACUGAACCCGUAACGGUUCCAAAUGAGUGCACUUCAUAUGAUUUAAAACCUAAUAUAGCAUUAAAUGUGCUUAUUAUCUGAUGAUAGUAAUAGUGUUUCGAGGCUGACUUUCCGAUAUGCUUUGUUUAUCUUCCUUGAAUGUAAAUGAAUUCAUACACACUUUUUAGGCGUGAAAUAUAUAAAUAAUAUGAAUGUUGUUAAGCAAUGUAAUUUCUUUUCCAAUUUCUGUAAGUAAAUGAUGUCUGAUCUGAUGGAAUCUCUUUGUUGCUUUAA